AUGAAGUCUGCUUUAACAUCAGUGGUCGUAGCCAUUGUGCAUGUCGGCAUUGCUCUUGGUGUUGAUGCGCCAAAGGCUGCCGAGUACAUCUGGCCGUCCGCAUCUGACUUCCUCGAGUCGCAGCUCUACGAACAGGUCGGCAACGAUAUCACAUCCAUUGCCCAAUUCGUUGUUCCAUGCGGAACCACGCCUCUGGCUACUGGUCGCAACAUCAACGCUGAGUGGGUGCGAACGGUAUACCAUGAUGUGGCAACGGCCGAUGUUGUCGCUGGCACCGGUGGUGUUGAUGCGUCGAUUGGUUUUGAGAUGGACCGCCCAGAGAAUGCCGGCCCAGUUGCUUUCAAUGAAACAUUACAGUUUCUUCGCGGAAGUCUCACUGCACAAUCUUCCAUGGCUGACCUCUUGACUAUUGGUCUUAUUACCUCCAUAGGUAGCUGCUCAGCUGGCAAGGUCAUUGUGCCGUUCCGUGGCGGACGAAUCGAUGCCACUGGUGCUGGACCAAGCGGCGUCCCUAAGCCCGACGAGACAAUUGAGAGCCAUACUGCUGCUUUCAAGCGCAUGGGCUUGAAUCGGGAUGAAAUGAUUGGCUUGAUUGCAUGUGGACAUACUAUGGGAGGCGUUCAUGGCAAAGAUUUCCCUGAAAUUGUCGACAAGCCUGCAUCUGGACCUGAUGACCACGAUCGAACCCAAGAUUUUGAUACAACAGGCAGUGGAACCAGCUCAUUUGACAACAAGAUUGCCACGGAGUUCGUUGCCAAUGUUACCCAAAACCCUCUCGCCUUUGGCAAAAACGACACGACCAACUCGGAUAAGCGCAUUUUUAACUCUGAUGGUCGCAAGGCAAUCACCAAGCUAGCUUCGUCGCCGGAUGUAUUCUUCCAAACCUGUCAGACUCUCCUUGAGAAAAUGGUCAACAUUGUUCCCAAGACAGUAACACUCGCCAGUUCGCCCUUGCAUCCCAUUGACGUUAAGCCAGGUCGCCUAUUUGGUCAGAUCAACGACAACAAAACGAUGACUCUCAGUGGUAAUAUUCGGCUUCGCGAGCCGUCCAUUGGACCUAACCCGGACCGAACUGUAAAGAUACAAUUCCGUCCUCGCGGUUCCACACAAACUUGUGCACAAUCUAAAGCAUGCUUGUCCGCGGCUGUUACUGCUGACGAAGGGUCUUGGACUGCCUCUCAGUAUGAACCCAUUGCAUUCAAACGUUAUCCGUUCUCGGUAAAGGUUGGCCUGUCAAGGGGAGUAUCCAGCUUCGAGGUUGUCGUCAGUGACAAGCAGGAUAAUGGCAAGAUCAAGACGACUACGUACACAAAUGGAGGUGCCGGUUUUCCUUUUGAUGAUACUCUUUUGACACAGCCCAAGCUUUCCUGUGCCGAACAGAAUAGCAAAGGUGCUCUUACCUUGACCGUUGCUGUUCGAGACGACGCUAAACUUAGCUCUCUCAAGGGAUCCAUCCAGAUGCCUUCAUCUCUAACUGCCCUCGUUCCCAAGGUUCAGACCAAGGCUCUCACAUUUUCCAAGACAACUGGUGUUGCCGGCUCCGGGUACACAUUUUACAAAGCCUCCCACACCGAUAUGCCCGGUACCUACACUCGUACCUACAAUUUGGUGGCUUCUGAUGGCAAAAAGACAGUUCAGAAGCUUUUCCAAGAUUUUUCUGGACUUGAUAGCUGCUAA